GGCCGCCAUUUUGCUCCUGCUCUCUCUGCUUCCAUUGUGUGAGAGAUAGUAAAUAUCUGACACUGCCAGACAACCACAACACACUUGUAUCCGUGCGAAGAAAAAGCGGUAAAUUCACCCCCGGUGAUACAUCGUCGUAAUGGCUCGUACCAAGCAGACUGCACGUAAGUCCACUGGAGGAAAGGCUCCUCGCAAGCAGCUGGCCACCAAGGCUGCCCGCAAGAGCGCCCCCUCUACCGGUGGCGUCAAGAAGCCCCAUCGUUACAGGCCUGGCACCGUGGCUUUGAGAGAGAUCCGUAGGUACCAGAAGUCCACUGAGCUGCUGAUCCGUAAGCUGCCCUUCCAGCGGCUGGUGAGGGAGAUCGCUCAGGACUUCAAGACCGACCUGCGUUUCCAGAGCGCCGCCAUUGGAGCCCUGCAGGAGGCCAGUGAGGCGUACCUGGUGGGUCUGUUCGAGGACACUAACCUGUGCGCCAUCCAUGCCAAGCGUGUCACCAUCAUGCCCAAAGACAUCCAGCUGGCCCGUCGCAUCCGCGGAGAGCGUGCUUAGACGGCCUCCCUAGCGUUGCUCCUCUGUCCUGUAUUUCUUCACCUGGACCUGCCCUUGCUCCUUCAUUCUACCCCACCCGUCCACCUCCACCCAUUCCUGUCACCCUCCCUCCCGAGCCUGCCCAGCUUCUCAGUAGACUUUAGAGUAAUCCUGAUUAUGAAGAGAUAGAAAUAUGUUGAAGUCUGGUCUCUCAUAGGUUUUUUGUCUUUACCAAAUGUUUUUAGGGUACCUUUUUCGUGCAUGUAAAAGGUUUUGCAGAUCAGACACGCAUGUGCACACAUACUCAAACAUGAGGGUUUGGGUUGUGCCUCAAAACAUGAAGCCCACCGUUGAGCUCACCUGGGUUCCUCCAGGUGUGGGAGGCCAGCGGGCGUGGUUAGUGUGGCAAACAGAGCUGAAGCAGAGGGACGUGGUCGAGGGGCUAGUCUGCUUAAGGGGAGCUGCAACUUCCACAGCAGGGUGCUAUUAAAACUAGUCCUGAGGCCUCUGCCCCCUCUGAACACCCUCCUCCCCUCCCGCCCAGACCAACUCCCCCAGCUGCAGCCAGUUGGCUCACUGUACCUUUUCAAACCACCUCCUUCACCUCUAAUCUGCGCUGGGAGGGGAUGGCGGUUUGAUGGUCUGUUUGUGUGGAUGUGUGAGCUCUGAUCUUUCAAACCACUUGUACUCAACAAAUAAGAAUCUUUUGUUUACUUAAGAAUAUUGAUUAUCGUUGUGGAAAUGGUGUCUAAUUUUUUUUUUUUUUUUUAUGCAUAUAAUUCAUCCACAAGCAUCUCUUGUGUUUACUGCUUCCAAAAUCAUCAAAAUCAGAAAAAGCAAAUAAUAUUGUCAACAUGGUUUUCAGUUUCUUUCACAGUGAUCUGAUUCGCUAUAGAAAAUCAGGAAGGGCUUCUCUGUUUUCCAAGGCAACUUCUAUUCUAACGGCAGCCACACGGGGGCGAUGGUUUACCACCUCCUCGUCUAUUCAGUUGUUCGCUGUGGAUCAGUCAUCACACAUGAUGCUUCUCUCUCUCUUUCUUUAUCUCCACAGAUAGGCUUUAGACUUGUCACUACAGUAUGAAUUGACAUUAUAGUGAAAGCUCUGCAUGUUUAGGCUCUGUGUCUCCUGCACUCUGUAGAUCUGAACAUAUAAUCUGUCCCUUUCUCAAAAUUUGUGAUACACAAUAUAACCUCAUAUUUGUUUUCUUUUAUAUUUUUCUUAUUCCUUGAGAUUUUCAGACGUAUAAAUAAGCUGAUCUUUGUAUUUUCCAAAUUUCUCAUAUUAUGGUGGUAAUAAAUAGGUGUUAAAACAAA